CUUUUAUUUGAAGAAAGUGCGAGAAUAUUAUUUUGUACACUAUUUAUCAAUUUAAUAGUUAGUUUAAUAAAAAGUAUAUUAUAAGUGAAGAUGGACCAACCUAUUUUUUUAAGAAUUCAAAAUUUUAUUUUUAUUGUGACACAUGGCUAUAAAACAAUAUUGUAAUGUUUCUCAAUUAAUAUAUAAGAGAUGGAUAGGGACCAGUCUUAUGUGCAUGAGCAACUUAUAAAAAACCCAAAUAGCAAACUAUUUUAAUGAGUUUUUUUCUUUAAAAAUAAAAUUAAUAUCAUAUGAACAGAUAAUCCACAUAUAAAAUAUUAUAUUAAUAAGAACAUAUACUACAUUUGAUCUUACCUAAAAAGCCGAAAAAGGUAUGACUUAGAAGGAAACUCGAACUUCAUGUUUAUCCACUAAUUUUCCGGCAUUGCAGCUUGCACGAAAAUAACCAAAAGGGAAAUUUCAACUUAAAUUUAAUUACGAGAAAAAUCAAAUGUAGGAACAUGGAUGGGGCGUAAAAUCCUUAACUAUCAAGCUUUAGCUCAUUCUAUUCAAUGGAUGAAGGUUCAAAGUGGAAAUCAAACCACUUGCUGGUUUGAUAAGUGGAAUCCAUUGGGUACCAUACAUGAUCUCACUGGAAACAGAGGUUGUGUUGAUAUAGGAAUUCAACUAAAGGCCAUUGCCGCAUCUAUUUGUCAUCCAAGUUGUCGGAGACAUGACAUAUAUAUAUCAGAAACUUGUGCUGUCAUAGAGCAGGUUAUUGAAGUACAAAAAAAAACUCUUUAACGGAAGAAGAAGAUAUUCCUCUUUGGAACAGAGUAUUGAUGUCUAUACAGAAGGUUUCAAUUCAAAAACUACUUGGAACAUGUUUCGAUCUUCCUCACUGAGGGUCACCUGGAGACUUGUUCUAAAAGUUGGGCACCUACCCGAUUACUCCACCGAUUAAAAGUGAAGCGGAGUGCAAGCGUAGCGAAAUUGUCCAAUUCGGUUACAUUAGUUGCUGAGGGCGAGGAGUGCGUGGAAAUUAAAAAAGCUUCGGCCUAAUUACAAAAUCGCCUGGUCCAAAAUCGUUUAUUCUUCGGUGAAAUAAAAUUUAGCUCAAUUUUGAUUUUUUCUGAUAUUAUAUCAACUUCUCGUGUACUUUCUCAAGAGAAGUUGGGGUGAACCUUUCAAAAGGUUUGCUUAAUGGCUGUGAAAUAGUGGACUGACAGAAUCUGUUGCUAACUGGUUUCAGCAGAUAGACAUCAAAAGCCAGAAUGGUUUUUUCUAUGGUACAUAACAUAUGGCAAACAACAGCUUAUACAUUUUGGAGGGAAAGAAAUGCAAGACGAUAUGGGGAUAUUCUUUGUACAACAGGCGGAUGUAGCAUAAAAUCUUGGUGGGACAAAUCAUGUAUAAUAUAAAAUGUAAGACCAAAAUGUAAUUUUUAGUAAAAGAGAACAGCUAAAAUUUGGAUAUAUUACAAAGGAUGUGAAGUUUUCAUGGGGCCAAGUGCCACCCUCUUAUUUCACAUAGAUCCGCCACUGAGUUUGAUCAAAGUUAUUGAUAAACAAGUCAUAAAUCACAUCCUUUUACUAGGAUCAAAUGAGAAGAGUAUGAAGGGUUUAUGUAAGUAUGGCUAGCUACAAGAUGAUAGGAAGUAUGGCUAGCUACAAGAUGAUAGGAACAAGUAGGAGGUUUUUAUUUUGAUUCUCGUUAAGCAAUUACGUUGUACUGGACAGUUUAUUUUUCUUUUGAAUUCAUUUAACAUUCAAUUAAAAAAGUAGUUAUGUGCUAGGCUUUGUCCCACCACAAAUAAGCCCAGAAUUUAGUAGCUUUUGGGUGCGAAAAUUAAGCAUUUUACAUAAAAUCCGCUCUUGUAAAUUGAAAUGACAUUUUUUAUAUUAUGUUGUUUUAAAUAAUGUUUUUUUAACACAAUUUUUUUUUAUUGUUUUGUUUGUACCAGUUCAUUAAUAUUGUUCUGCAGUCUAUGCUUGUUACAAACUUAUCCAAGACGUGCCAGUGAAAAGUAUGUGUGACAACUUAUUGAAAAGACAGAAUAAUGACAUUCGAACCAAAUCAAAUCUCAACAAUCGGUAAUGAAAAGAUAUGGGUGAUAAAAAGGAGAAUCGUGUACUUUAGCAAAUGAAUGGUAUUCUGACUCUUUAAUUUAAAAGGUAUUCUAAUUCUUUGGCGGUCAAACCUUUUUAUAUCUAAAAGAGGUGAUACAGAUAGAUGUAAAGUAGCCCCUGUAAAGUAUCGUAGAAAUUUUCUUAAUAUGGAUUUUGAUGGAAAAUAAAUAGAACUUUACAAUUUUCUAAGUGAAAAAGUCGAGAACAAUUUGCCCCAUCCCAGAAGGCAGAAGCAUCCAUUUCAAAGGACCAUAUUUUCACACAAUGCGCGAAGAUAGGAUGAGAGACCACAUGAAUUCAUGCAUAUACAUUUUUUGCCAAUUUAGGUGGCCAUUAAAUAGAAAAUUACUAUGCUCCCACUUUUUCUUCUACUUUAAAAUUCAUAAGAUUUUUGCCUCCAGUGAUAUAAGCGUAAUAUAUAUACCUCUAUAUUUCUAUAAAAUAUAUAUGGAAAUUGUGUCUUGUAAACACACCUGGUUUAAUCUUUCUCUAACAAUUGUGACAUAUGUAAAUCUACUUGUUGGUUUAUAUCCCUGUUCGAGAACGCGUUAGGCACUAGUCGGAUGGUCGGGUUGGGCCUAGCGCCUAGAGAGAAAAUCGGGGACUAAGCGGACAUUAGGCGGGGUAAAAUUUUUAGAAUAUGUUAUAAAACAUGUUAAUCUUUAGUUGUGUAUAACAUUAAUACAUUUUCAUGUUUAGGACUAUAUAAACACACAAAUAGAAUAUAUAAACUUAAUAUAGUGUAAAUUCAUCAAAAUUAUGAAUAUAAAUUAUAUUUAUCAAAUUUUAAAUCAAAUAAAUAGAUAAAAAUAAUAUUAAAAAAAAAAAGAUUAGACGAUCAUCUGACGGUCUAGGCGGACAAAAAUCGGACAACCGAUUUUUUAGACCGAUUUGCUAUAAAUCGAGGCGGAUGGGCACCUAGGCGGGUUUUUUUUUUAAUGCUGGGUAAUACCUUACAUCAUCAUAUAAUCUCAAAUCUAUUACAUAUGAUGAUCAACUACCUGCAACAUAUGCGAUAUUGAUGAACAGCUCAACAAAUAAUGAUUCCACGAUGAAGCUCUCCCCGAAACACUUGAACCCACUGACGGUUCUGCAUGUACGACAUCCUCGAUGGACAGGCUCUCACCGCAACAGGCGACCACAACGAACGGCUCUGCUUACAGUACUUUGGAACCUCCGAAAGCUUCGCAUCCUAUAAUCUGCAAGAAAUUGCAUAGUCUGGGAUUCGAACCCCAGACCUGAGUGUAAAAACCUUUAAACCUUAACUAAUAGGCUAGGGUGUUUCCACAACCUAGGCGGUUAGACGCCCGAUUUUUAGAACAGUGGUUUAUAUCAUGGUGUGGAGCCAUUUUGACAUCAUAUACCGACAUACAUUUUCAAACCAAUAUAUAAAAAUAUGUACACAUUUAUAAAACCAGCUUCUUUCAUGGUGAAAGGAAUAUAUUUAUUUGACGCUGUUUCAUUCCGUUUCCUCUAAGUAUAUAGCUUAUUGGACUAUAGAGUUUUCCUAUGAUUUAAUCAUGAUCAUCACACACACAUAUAUAUAUUAUAUUGCAUGCUCUUCAGUCUGCAAUAUUAUUAUAUUUUAAAAAAAUUGCAACACACACAUUUUUGGAAGAAAUUGUUUACAUCGUAUGCUGACCAAUGUGGUUAAGAUAUGCUAACAAGUGAAAAUAACCUAUUUAUUUUUCUCCUUUCGAGGCAUAAUACAUGCGCUAACGUUAUUGAUACUAAUUAACUUGAAAAGAAAAUGCAAAUUUCCUAAUUGGUUCUUCUGAAACUCCACAUCAAAGAUCUGUGAAGCAAAUGCAUGCCAGUCCACAAUUCAAACUAGAUAUGUCGAGUUUGCAAUGAAAUAUGAGCAGUACGAACUAUGUGUUGUAGCAGAUUCUGCAUCGUUCAUACUAGGCUCUCUAAUUCAAAACUAAACGCAUACUAAUCCUUUUGAACUCCCACUAAAUAUAGCGUAUCGUCUUGUAAUUAAGUCUAAAACCCAGACGACUCCAUUAAUCAGUCCAUUCUCCAAGUCUACAUAUAGUACAUUUGAAACCAUUUUCUGUUAAUGAUAUCUAACGGUUCUAUCUUCUAUCAUAUUCAAACUUAGUUAAUGCUCAUAUUCAAACAAACUAAAACACAGUUACUUCAAGUCGAGUGAGCCAACCACAUCUAUAUUCGCUUGAAUUCCAUUGACCUAAGGAAAAAUAAAAGCGUACAAAAUUGUGAAUGAACCGAGAAAAAAAAAAGAAUGUUAUCUUAAUGACCCUAAAUGGUCCAUUAAAAGGAAUAUAUUCCGGUGAUGGAGAAUACAAAGUUGACCAUACUUAGCCCAUGCAAAAGAGAAGAGAUAAUUUAAGAAAUCAAUUGCAUAUAUUAUUCCUUCUCAGGGUUAUAAAAAGGGAGUAGAUGCAUGUGAGGAAUGAGUACAAACAUAUAGAGAGUAGUGAGGUGUAUAAUAAGGAAGAGAGGUCUAACAUGGCGAACAAAGUCAUGUUUAGUAGCCAAGGAUGACUUGCCUGCUCUUUUUCACCUCCAUGAUUCAAUUUUAUGUAGGGUUUUGGAUUACUAUGCUUCUAAAGAGUAUAGUAAUUCAAAAUCUUGUUGAAUCUUUGUGGGUAACGGUUUCAGGCAGUCUCCUUGGCUAUCUUGACAUGCUUUUUUCUUCCAUGUUAUACCUUAUUUCUUUGUAUUUUUCGAGUCCAAAUAAUAUUUUUUUCUAUAAAUUUACUACGAAAAUCCCUUAAACAAUCUCUAACAAAGUAUGUUAUUAGAAAACUACCACUUUUUGCAUUUAUUGCAAAUGCAUGUACGUGGUGAGUGUACGCAUUGUUUAGAAGGAAAUGUCAAAGAUGAAUAGAAGAAUCAUAUUUGGUAGCCAAGGAUGACUUGCCUAUUUCUUUGAGAAGUAAAAUGGGCAUGGUGUCAUGUUUAAAAGUUACUGUAGGUAGUUUCAAUUUUGACCAUUUUGCUUACAAAAUGAUAUUAGGCAGUCUCCUUGGCUAUCCUUAUAUGUUCUUCUCUCUCAUCUCAGACAUUUACCUUCAUCCAAAUAAUAGAGAGUGGGAGACAUACACGAAACAUGUAAUUUUGUGACUUUGAGAUUUCUUUAUGUAUAUGUGUACGUAAAACCCAACAUGUAUACACACAUAGUACAUAUAUUAUAUUAUAUGUAGUCUACACUAUAAUGUAUACUCCAUAAGGUUACUGGAAUCUUGCAAGACAUUGAAAUUUGUUUAUUAGGUCAAUAUCAUAUGUGACAACUACCGAAUUAGACAUUAGUUUUGACUGUUCUGUAAACAACUUACCGAGAAUAUAGUGCACACAGCACACGUCUUCUUUGAGGUAAACUUAUGAAAUAGCUUUCAACCGAUUUUUCUUGAAGUACUUAUCUACAUCAGAUCUAGUGUAAUUGUUAGUUUGUUACGUUUUUACUUGAUAUUUAAGAUGAAAAGAAAACAGUUUUUUUGCUCUAGUGGUAAAAAAAAGUGUAUGAUAGACACUUCGUCAUUCGGGUUCAAUUUUCGUUGCAAUAGAUUAAUUACAUUAUUUAGGUUCCAAUUGGUGACUAUGUUGAAGGAAAAAAAUUAUGAUGAAUUUUCUAUUCCUCAAAAUUUAUAUCUAUUAGGUUGAAUUUUUUAUCAAAUUAUUAAUUAAUAGGUCCCAUAUUUUUCCUCUAAAUUCCUCAAAGAUGAAUGAAUUUAUAAAGAAAAAUAUUCCUCUGCAAUUUUGACGAGGAACAAAAUGAAUAAAAAAUUUUAUUUUUUUAAAUUUUUUAAGUUCUUCAAAUGAAAUUUUAUUUUUCAUUUUAUUCAUUUUUUUCUAUUCAUCUUGUAGUCACCAAUCGAAGCCUAGGUUUUUAAGAGAUGGAUCCACAUUUUUUACACCAAAACACAUUUUCAUAUUUGUAUUUUUGUAUAUAUUCCUCCAUAUCAAUUUAAUUGUUGUAGACUAAAAUUUUCGUUUCAAAAUAAUCAUUUUUUUAGAAUUUUAUUGCAAAAAUUAAUUAAAGGAAUUCUCCAAUUUAUUUUUGUAUUGGUUGCCGAAUUGAGAUAUAUUCCGGACAGAGACUAGGUUGCAAAUAUUGUUGUGAUAUAUAAAUAGGAACGUGCAGGUCUGCAUGAAAUGACCACGUCGCACGUUCGAUUCAUGAACCAAAAGGAAACUUAUAAUCAAAUCGUAUAACUUAAUAUAAUUGAUACAAAUUUGUUUGUCGAUAUAAGAACAUUAAAAUAUACAUUUCAUUUUUGGCAAUAUAAAUAUUCAUAUGUUUUAGUUUAUAAGUUAUAACUUGUCCAUAUGUUUUUGUCCAUUCCAUAUAUAUAGAGGACAAGAAGCUCCCGUGACUAAGUGAGUGACCAUCGGUGAAUUGAAAAAAGAUGGAGAUGGGAAUGAGGAAGCAGCGUUCUGUGUCGGCUCUUGUAUUCCUUGCAUUGAUUUCGGCUUCAAUGGCAACCUCGGAAUCGGAGGUCCCUUUCAUGGUGGUUCACAAGAAGGCGUCUCUCUCUAGCAUCAAAUCAGGAGUCCAACGCGUCUUCGUCACCGUCGACAUAUACAAUCAAGGAUCCUCAUCAGCAUAUGAUGUAAAUCUGGUAGAUGAUACCUGGAAUUCAAAUCUAUUUGAAAUUGUUAGUGGCAACACUUCAAAGUCAUGGGCAAAGCUUGACGUUGGUCAAGUUCUGUCACAUUGGUUUGAGUUGAAGAGUAAGAAAAAGGGUCUCUUCUAUGGUUCACCAGCUGUUGUUACUUUCCGUGUCCCAUCUAAGGGUGUUCUUCAGGCGUAUUCAACUCCAAUAUUGCCUCUAGAUGUACUAGCAGAGACCAUCCCUGAAAAGAAGCUUGAUUUGGCAAAGAGAUUGGUGGGUAGAUUUGGACCUCAAUUCUCAGUGCUUUCGAUUAUUGUGACGUUUGUGUAUUUGAUGGUAACUCCAUCAAAGGCAAGCAAGAAGAAGCGUUGAGAUUAAGUUUUUGGAUCUGGCCUUUUUCAUCUUUUCACGUUAGUAAAAAUAUCGCUCUCUUUUUUUUUUAACCUUUAUCAUUUGUAGUUGACUUUUUUUUAAUUCUUGUGUCUUUCGAAUCAGACCAAUAGGCAACCCUUUACCAAAAAGAAAGUCAGACCAAUAACAAGAGCACUUUAAUUUCCACAUUCUAAAAAUAAUUAUCCAAAAGAAAGAAAAAACGCAAAAGGUUCAAUUUUCAUAUAAAAACUUAACAAGAAACUAAUGAUCUUUGUCAUAAUGGCAAGUAGGGAUCAGUCAAACGCAACUGCUGUAGGGGCAUGAGAAGAAUAAAUUGACGGUCAUACAUAUGAGGGAAGGAUAUGGUGAUCAAAUCAUCAAAUAAGGGUAUCAAAAUAAUCCAUCAGAACAUAUAGCUUAGUAUAUGUUGUGUAUUACUGUGUGUAAGAGGAAUGUUGUUUUUAAGAUUGCAGAGUACUAUUUCUUUUCAUUUUCACAUACCUAACCAAAAAAACUAUGAUUCAAUAUCUCUCUCUUUUUCUCAAGCUAUACAUUAAUGUGUAGUUCAGGACUACUACUGUACUACACCUGGGUGUUGGAAUGAGUCUAUAAAGCCAUGUAUUUGAAACCAUUAGUAUAAGAGCAAUUUUUUUUAGUAAUUUGAAUGCUAGUAUUUGAAAACAAGAACUUUGGAAAGGCUUCAACUAAAUUUGUAUUAUUUAUACCAAGAAAUAUUGGAAAAGCAUAAGUAGAUGUCAUAUGCAUUUUCUUGCAUUAGAACCUGUAACACUUUGCAUUCCAGAAGGUAUUUAAAACACAGUGGUGAUGAACUGAUGAUCAACUUGUCAAGAGGAAUAGUAGUUUAAUGAAAUAGCAUAAUAACUAAACAUGUAAGUAAACACUCAAGUGAGCAACGGCGUUUAGGUUAGAGUAAUCACGAAAACCCGCAAUAGACUAAUGAUUUCAUUCUGUGCAUUAUACUUCGUGAUAAUCUUUCAAGAACAGCAAAUUCAAUGGCACAUCAUUAUCAUUUUAUCACCUACUCUCUUCCUACAAAUUGGAUAAAGGGAUUUGGAUACUUAUUCAGAACUACAAUUGCUUGUUCAACAUUAUGUACAUUUUUUUUCUUUAUUUGUAAUAAUAACCUAGCAAGGUAAAAACUAGUGUAAUUACUAAUUACUUAAUCUAACAAACUAAUUAAAAAAAAAAACAA